AAAUAUUUGUGGCACACGGCGUCACGGUAAAGUUACUCCAGAUACUCUCUUGCGAUCAAACACUUGAGGCUCGCAUCUUCCAUCUCACUGCCUGGACGACCAGUCGAUUCACUUCGCUUAUUGUCUGUCGGUCACUGACUUCUUCCACAUGGUUAGCAAACUGACGAUGCUGCUCUUAAAUGACGAUGUGGCUCUCAUGAUCGUCGACAAUAUGAGCUCAGAGGAAAGCAAGAACGCUCUAUGUGCACUCUCGCAGACAUCUCGUCGAUUUCGCGACCUGUGCGUGCCCGUCCUUCGCUCAACAGCCCGGCUCGACAGCGUACGGUGUCCCUCGCGCAUAAGCCAUCAGAUUCCGGAGUGGAUGCGGCCAUACCUGAGGGAGCUCACGCUGCGCGAUAUUUGUGGCGACCGCACCAGCAGGUACCGCGAAUACCCGUGGUCGCGCGAUCCGAUCAUGUGCAGCACCUACGAGGGCGAUGCGAUUGCGGCUCUGCUGCCUUCCAUACCUCACCUGCGAAAGGUCGUAAUCAUAUCCUCACACGACCCGCCUCCAUGUGUAUCAUUCGUAUACGGAAUAUCCUGGGCGGUAGUGAAGGCCAUCAUCUCCGCCCGUGGGCUGCAGGAGCUCGACUUAGAUGGCCACUUCUUCUGCCUCAACACCUUCGCCCCGGAUCCAGACUUCACACCCGCCCCCCUCACCACUUUCCGAUGCACAAUUCCGCACCGGCGCUUAGUGCCAGUCACCCGCGCGUUCUCGACGCAGACAGAAGCUUUGGCUUUCGUGCUCGAACGGCUGCGCCAUUCGCUCGAACAUCUCUCCCUCACGAUCGAUAUAGCACCUUUGGAUAUGAUACGCGACGCGGACUGGCCUCGUCUACGCUCACUGCAUCUAGCAGGCGAUAUACUCCCCACCACGCACUCGCUCCCCUGGGUCUCUAUUCUGCGACACAUGCCGCGUCUGCGCGUCUUAUCCCUGCGGGCUGCUGUGCCCGAUGACAUCGACCAUCUCACCACUCACCAGAUCGUAUGGCCGCCGGAUACGCUUCUCGACACCCUGCCAUGGCCAGAGUUGGAAGACCUAGAGGUCACCUAUCCCGAUCCCGAAGACCGGCUCUUCUCCCACCUGCCGUCCACGUUGAGAUCCCUCUCGAUCGGCCGCUUCGCAUUCUUUGCCCACCAUAACUGGGCCCUGGACGAAUGGGAACAGCAGUAUUCCAGGCCACAAGAUGUCCCCAUGCCGCGUGCUUCCGAAGUACUGCAGAUCGCGCGAAAGUGCAACACGCCGAACCUGCGCACGCUGAAGCUCGAGUAUCUAGCAGACGGCGACGCCUCGGAGGACGAACUUCUGGCGUGCAUUCCCGCAGCAUUCCCACGCCUGGAGUCGCUGCGCCUAUGCCGAUACGACACCCAAGACGACGCAGCCGCAGCUGGAACUGCACUGAGGGUCGCGCAGGCCUUGUCACCCCUCUCGCAUCUGCGCACGUUCCAGGUGCACCUGGACGCCGUUCCUGACCCGGAGCUCGCGCGCGCGCGGAGGGGGUGUUACUACGCCAAGGAGAGCAUUGCGGCGUAUGUACGCGAGCUCAAGGAGCUGGCCGAUGUGAUGGCGCAGACACUGGGACCGUCAGUGGAGGCGAUCGAGAUGUUCGCCCCACCCAGUCGCUGUGUUCCAUUCGACGUGGUCCGUUCCGCUGCUGGAGAUGAUGGUAGUCCUGGUACGGCAGCGCAUGCGGAAUUUGGGGCGGAGUAUACCUGCUAG